AGUUCACUUUUUGCACUAUUUUAAUAAAAAACGAAAUAUUUAUCGUUUAAAUUGCACAAAUUUUCGUAUAGAACGUUUUGAUUUGAGAAACUUGUUUAAAUUAUUUUGCAAAAAUACGCAAAUUUAUGAUUUAAUUAUUUUGUUCGCAAUUUACAAAACUGUUAAAAAGUAAAUCUGAUAACGCAUAAUUUUCCACAUCAUCACCACAAACCAAGUAGACAUCUUUGAGUGUCAAAAUUUGAAUUCAAAAGUCGCAUAUAAUCGUCUGACAAGUUUUAAAAGUACACCUAAACUGUUUCUCUUUGAUCUCGCGAGAUGUUUCUUCUUGAAUGGUUUGCCGGAAUUUUAAGUUACUUAGGAUUAUCAAAAAAAUCAGGUAAAAUAAUAUUUCUGGGUCUGGAUAAUGCCGGAAAAACGACAUUAGUGCACAUGCUGAAGGCCGACAGGAUAUCACAGCACGUCCCUACUCUUCAUCCAACAUCCGAAGAGUUGACUUUGGGAGGCAUAAAGUUCACGACCUUUGACCUUGGGGGGCAUCAACAAGCUCGCAGAGUAUGGCGUGACUACUUCCCGGCCGUUGAUGCUGUCGUCUUCAUAGUAGAUGCCUGGGAUAAAGAGAGAUUCGUUGAGGCUAAGAAUGAAUUAUAUAGUCUACUAAAUGACGAACAGCUAGAAAAAUGCCCCAUCCUAAUUUUAGGCAACAAGAUCGACAGAAAUGGGGCGGCCAGCGAGGAAGAACUAAAAGGGGUCUUUGACCUUUUUGACAAGGUCACUGGCAAGAAUGUAGAGACACAACUUCUGGACAAAAGACCCCUGGAAGUUUACAUGUGUAGUGUGCUAAGGAGACAGGGAUAUGGCGAACCCCGCUUUAGGUGGCUGGCUCAGUAUCUCAACUGAUGAUGACGUCACUGUGAUGUCAUGGUGAUAUCAUAGUGAUGUCAUGAUGUGGAGGGGGAGAGUUUUGAUGAUGAUGGCUGUGAUGAUUGGGCAAUGCACUAAGAAAGCGAUGAGGUUAUGUUGAAGACUUUUGAUGGCCAACAACUUAAUGUAAACAAUUGAUCGUGAUGACGUCACGAUGAUGUCAUGCUGUGAUGAUUGUGAUGACGGCUUGAAAACUUUAAUGAUAUUAAUUCGUUGUUGAAAUCUGUUUAGUGCCUACCCAUAUUUAUUUCUUUAUUUUUUCGUUAUAGUCAUGAGUUACAUAAUCUUUGCGUGUAACUGCAGAAAACAAUUAAAAUUGGAUGAAAGAAUUAAUGCAUGCAUGCAUGCAUGAACGAGUGAAUGCACGAACGAAUGAAUAAAAUGAAUGAAUGAAUUCAUUCAUUCAUUCGUUUAUUCAUUCAUUUGUCCGUUCGUUCGUUCAUUCAUUAAAUAGUUCGUCAGACUAAACCGUUGUCAGUUUUAAGAUCUGUUAGUUUGAUUUGAUUUAUUUAAAAAUUUUUUUUUUGUAUUUUUUGAGUUCUGAGUUGCAUUAAAAGUUUGGCGUGUUAA